AUGGGCCCAAUCGCCCAUUCCGUGUGUCGCCUGGCCGCCGCCAUUACACUGGCCCUACAGAUCCAGCAGGUGGCCUCCGUUCCUUUCAACGGCCAGACUCGCCAGGUUUCGAAGCUCACCAUCAGCGGGUACACGUAUGAGGGAUGCUACGUUGAGCCGAACAACGGACGGGCUCUUGAGAUCAUCCAGGCCGACGACCUGAUGACCUUGGACAUGUGUGCCGAGAUAUGCUCCGCCUCAUCCAAGGAGACGUACUUUGGUGUGGAAUAUGGGAGAGAGUGCUGGUGUGGAAGCACCCUCGCUCCCGGCGCCACCGCCGCAGCCGACGAUGCCGAGUGUUCCUUCACUUGCCCCGGCAACCCGGCACAGCACUGCGGCGCGGGGUCCAGACUCAGCCUGUACAAGAACGACAACGUCGCCGCCGCCCCGGUAACUUCGGCCAAGCCCGCCGUCGGGAACCACGUGCACCAGGGCUGCUAUAGCGACCUCGUCCAGGGCCAGCGAGCUCUGUCCAGCACAAGUGCUGGCGAUGACAUGACGCCAGAGAGCUGUGCCGCCUUCUGCGGCCGACACACUUAUAUGGCGCUUGAAUACGGCAGGGAGUGUUGGUGCGGCAAUGAGCUGGAUGGGAACAGCCAGCGCGUCGCUGACCAGACCGACUGCAACAUGCCCUGCGCAGGAGACCCUACCAGCCUCUGCGGCGGCCCCUCCCGUAUCAACCUGUACAAGCUGGACCAAGCGGCCGAGGCUUCCACGACGAGCUCGGCCGCGGCCAGCGCCGCCACCGACCGAGUGGGCGACUGGCUGUCCCAGGGAUGCUGGACGGACGAGAACGCCGACGGCCGCACGCUGUCAAUGCUCUACGCCGCGGACGACAUGACGAUAGCCAAGUGCGCCGCCUGGGCCGCCUCCAGCGGGUUCCUGCUUUUCGGCAUCGAGUACUCGCGCGAGUGCUGGGGCGGCCUCGAGCUGAACCCCAAGUCCGUUGCCGCGGACCCGGAGAGCUGCAGCAUGAGGUGCUCCGGCAACGCGAACGAGGUGUGCGGCGGGCCCAACCGGUUGAGUCUCUACAGCUAUAGCCCGGCCGCUCCUUCAUCGACGUCGUCAGAGGUUCUUGUAACUUCGUCGUCGUCGUCGUCGUCGUCUUCUUCUUCUUCGGUCUCGCUCUCUGACGAUGACGCCGCCGCCGCCGCCGCCUCGACGCCGUCGUCCUCACCUGACAUCGUCACAUCGACCUCCAUCUCUGCCGCUUCAUUGCCUGCAAGCGCAACGGACUCAUCGUCGCAGACUACCUCCGCCUCCGUCACCGAAGAUGCCCCUUCCGGGCCGUCAAACGUCCCGUUGAACGAUGCGUCCGUCGAAAACGCGCAGGUCGAACAGAUCGACAGCCAGACUGCCGUCGUCAUGUCCCCACCAACCGGCGGCGAAGCCAGAGUCGGCCUUCCCGUCACUGCUCCAGCCGACGCCCAGCCCGGCGACCAGAUCCAGGUGCAGCUGACCUACAAGACCGAGGCCGUCAGCGUCCUCAAGCGCGCCGAGCUCACGGAGUGCACCUUGACCAUGUACCUCGGGCCUACCCUCAUCUACCAGAACAAGAUCUGGACCACGGACGGCAGCUACACGACGGUGACCAGCAUGCCCGCGGGGCCCAGCAGUGUGACGACCCUGGUCAUCGUCCAGUUCUGUCCCACCACUUCCGUCCCCAUUGUGAUUAGAGACGUCAGCGUGAGUGUCGUCGCAGCAUCGUCAGCAAGCUCCAAUGCGGCCCAGUCAACCACCAACAUCAGUACCGGCACGGCUGUCCCGGUUGUCCCGGCCCCGGUAGCUACACCGACAGGCGGCACCUCCUCCAGCGACGUCCCGACGCCGACCUCCGUGCCGUCCACGACCGCGGCUCCCGAGCCCCCUUCCACCCCGUUCUCACAGGUGCCUUUGUACCGAGCCCAGGCUUACACAACCGGCGCCUGCAGCCGCUCGGGAUCCGGCAACUGCGUCCUCUCCGGCGCCCCCGUGGCGACGUCGGGCUUGCUCGCAGCAGCGACCCCGGUUCCCGUCCUCAAUCCGGGGAACCCGACGCAGGCGUACGAGCUUUGCGCGCGCAUGUGCCAGAACACCAUCGGCUGCAACAGCUGGGCCCUGGACCGGACGCUCUCCGAAAACGCCCCCGAAUGGAAGUGCUACUUCUAUUCCGGCGUCGUCUCGAGCUAUGCCGUCUCGCCGAACCGCGCGUACAACGAUAUCGUGUGGUUCAGCAAGGACUGCUACGGAUGCAUGCAGCAGGCCCAGGUCCUUUACAUCGCCGAUCAGGCGGCGGUGCCGUCGUCGUCGUCGUCGUCAACUCCGAGCGACGCCGCCGCCGUCGUCGUUCCCACAACACGCGCGCCGGAGCCGGCGGCGAGCUCGACAAAGAGCGUCCGCCCGGGCAUCACUCCUCCCCCCGAUGUCCCAACACUCGAGAUGCCGACCACGGUUACAGAGACCAGCUGCCCGCUGCCGACGGUGGGCCAGUGGUACACCGCCGGCUGCACGCUCUCCGGCGCCCCGCUCCAGACGUCCGGCCUCGUCGCCAUCGCCACGGGCAUCCCCGCAACCCCGUCCGGCGCCGUCACCAACGCCCCCUUCGAGCACGCUUACCAGGCCUGCGCGCAGAUGUGCGCCGCCAUAACGACCUGCCGCAGCUGGGCCCUCGACCGCGGCAUGUGGCCCAACGACUACUCCGACUGGACGUGCUACUUCUACUCGGCCGGCGCGAGGGUCAUGGCGCCGCAGAACCAGGGCAACAGCUGGGUCGUCUGGAUGGACAGCAUGUGCUACAACUGCGGGACUCCUACCCCCUCGCCCGCGCUGCCUUCGUCGACUUCUUCCAAUGCGCCGCCGCUGUCAGCGGCAACCGUCAUCCCGACUACCACGCCAGUCAUCCCCGCGACGUCCGCUCCCGCGCCGACGACGAUAAGUCCGCCGCAGGAGCCUUCUGCCUUCGCCGCGCCGACUUACACCUCGGGCGUCUGCGCCACCAAGUCCAACCCGGCAAACCAGGCACCCUGCGCCAUCUCCGGCUGGCCCACCCCGGCCUCCAUGUCCGGCCUCGUCGCCGUCGCCACGGGAGUCCCGCCCAACCCCUCGGGAAGCUUCAACUUUGAGCAGCCGUUCCAGGUCUGCGCCAGGGCCUGCGCCGCCAUCGACGGCUGCACCGUCUGGGCCGUCGACCGCGGGAACUGGCCGACCGACAUGUCGACGUGGUCGUGUCUGCUGUACAACUUCAACGGCCGGAACUACCUCCUCAACACCAGCCCCAACGCGGCCUCGAGCAGGUAUGCGUGGUCCGACAGCAACUGCUACAACUGCACGCUCAGCCAGCAGGCGGUCUCGAGCUAUGCCAGCAGCAGCAGCGGCAGCUUGCCAACCUCGUCAACGGUGCCCGUCUCACCCUUCUAUACUCCCUCCUCCGGCCCCCUUACAACGACGUCCGCUCCGGUGGCAGCGAUAACGACCUUCUCCGCGCCUCCGCUCGUGACCUCGUGCAACCGGCCGACGGCGGCACAGUGGUACACGAACGGCUGCACAAUGUCCGGGGUCGCGACGGCGACGACGUCCCUGCUCGCCGUGGCGACGGGCAUCGCACCCAACGCCGCUGGCGACUUCAACUUUGAGCCCGCCUACCAGCGCUGCGCCAGCAUCUGCGCCGGGAUCGCCGGGUGUCAGGGGUACGCCCUGGACCGGACCAACACCACGAGCUGGAACUGCAAUUUCCACAACAUGGCGAUCCAGCCGUACCUCAGCAGGCAGCAGUUCACGGUCGACAACCGCGGGGUCGUGUGGAUGAGCAUGCUCUGCUACGACUGUCCCGUCCCCGGCCCGUGGCCUCCUGUCGCCCCGUCGUCCUCAUCGGUAGCAGCGGCGGUGCCAACGACACUGCUGCCGUCCGAGACCGCGACGGCAGCGUUGCCGAGCGUGACACCCUCGACCUCGACCUCGACCUCAACCUCAACCGCGAUCUCCAUCCAAGGCUACUCCCAGACCACGUCCCCGGCGUCCGCUUCCACGUCCGCGUCCGCCAUCCCAUCCUCCUGCACGCGCGCCGUCUCGCCGCCCGCAAGCGCCGCCUGCAACGUCAAAGGCUUCCGCCAACCUGCGGGCCAAGCGGCGGAGACACAUGUUUACACGCAGGCCGACUGCGCCGCGUAUUGUCUCACCACAGGGGCGGCGGUCUGCAAGAGCUACGCGUGGAUCCCGGCAACGGGAUGGUGCGGUGUCUACUCGCUCGACGUCUGGACGGCCAUUGGCGACGACGCCGUCGCGGGACGGGCAUACAGGGACUAUGUCCUGGACGAGCCCGGGUGUUUCGCGUGUCCCGAGGGCGUGGCUGUGAAGUAUCUGCCGUCGUAG